AUUCAUCGCACUCGUUAACGCGCUUCGAAUGCACCGCGCUGGCCGACCACUCUCGCUGCGAUUGGUCGGGGCGGGGGAGGCCGGUAGUGGGCAGCAGAGCAGCCACCCUCGUCGUCGGGCGGAGAAACAAACGAGCGUCGGAGCGGGGCGUCACGUCGCGCGCGCGUCGGUUCAGCAGUUGCUCGCUGCAGUUGGUUGAUCGCGUGGAUACACACACGUCGCCCGGCUCUCGCUUCUUCCCGGUCUCUCGUUGCCCUCCCCACCUCGCUGCCGAGAGAGCGAAGAGCGGUGAGCGUCGGCGGAAUAGCGCGCGCAAAGCGAACACGCAGUGGGAUUCGCGCGCGGACGGAGAACAAGCGAUAGUCGCGUCGUGGUCGAUCGUCAUCGUUGUGCGAGCGUGAGCGGCAGUCCCGGAUCCCGGGGAGAUAUACGGUGCGCGAGGGUCGUCGAGAGAGGAGGACAUAUUAUCGUCGGAGCGGAAGGAAGCAGCAGCAGCAGCAGCAGCGACGUGCGAGAUGAGCACUCCGGUGAAGAAGGUGCCGAUUCAUCUGCAGAGCGCGCAGAACAGACUGCUAAUCAAGAACGGCAAGGUCGUCAACGACGAUGGAGUCAUCGAUAACGACGUUUACAUCGAGGACGGCGUCAUCAGGCAGAUGGGGCGCAACCUCAUCAUACCGGGCGGCACGAGGAUCAUCGACGCGCGCGGCAAGUACGUAAUGCCCGGCGGCAUAGACCCGCACACCCACUUCGAGUUCGAGUUUAUGGAUACCAAGACGGUGGACGAUUUCUACCAGGGGACGAAAGCCGCGGUCGCCGGCGGCACCACGAUGAUCAUCGACUUCGUGGUCCCGCUGAAGGAGGAGAGCCUCGUGGAAGCGUACGAGAGGUACCGGGAGAACGCCGAUCAGAAGGUCUGCUGCGAUUACGCGUUGCACGUCGCCGUCACGUCAUGGAGUCCGAAGGUGAAGGAGGACAUGGCGACGUUGACGAAGAGCUGCGGCGUCGGUAGCUUCAAGAUGUUCAUGGCGUACGCUGACAUGCUCAUGCUCAGGGACCCGGAGCUGAUCGAGUCGUUCAAGGCGUGCAAGGAGCUCGGCGCCCUGGCCAUGGUGCACGCGGAGAACGGCGACAUCAUCGCGGAGAAUGCGAAGAAGCUGCUGGACGCGGGUGUAACCGGCCCGGAGGGCCACGAGAUGUCACGGCCCGAGGAGGUCGAGGCAGAGGCUGUGAAUAGAGCGUGCGUCAUAGCGAAUCAGGUCAAUUGCCCGCUGUACGUAGUGCAUGUGAUGAGCCGUAGCGCCGCCGCGGAGGUGGAGGCCGCGCGUAAACGCGGCGUUUGCGUCUUCGGCGAGACCUUGGCGGCCACGAUCGGCACGGAUGGCACCCACUACUCGCACAAGUGCUGGAGACACGCCGCCGGCCACGUUAUAAGUCCACCACUCAGACCGGAUCCGGACACGCCGCGAGAACUCGUGAACUUGUUAGCCAAAGAUAAUCUCCAAGUGAUCGGCAGCGACAACUGUACCUUCAACGCCGAGCAGAAGGCUCUGGGCAAAGACGACUUCACGAAGAUCCCCAAUGGCGUGAACGGCGUCGAGGACAGGAUGGCGGUCCUCUGGGAGAAGGGCGUGCACGCCGGCAUCAUGGAUCCUCAGCGAUUCGUCGCGGUCACCAGCACGAACGCCGCCAAGAUCUUCAACUUGUAUCCGAGGAAGGGCGUCAUAGCCGUCGGCUCGGACGCCGACAUUGUCGUGUGGGACCCCAACAGGAAGCGCACCAUUUCCGCCGAGACGCACGUGCAGGCUGUUGACUUCAACAUCUUCGAGGGCAUGGAAGUGACCGGUGUGCCCGAAUACGUGAUCGUCAAUGGGCGCGUAUGCGUGGACGAGUGCGAGCUCAAAGCCGUUCACGGGUUUGGGCGAUACGUGAAUACGGAGCCGUUCUGCGCCUACGUGUACGACAUGAUAAACGAAAAGGAGAAGAGACCACGUGGAGUCGCACGAACGGAAGCGGAGGCGAAGAGACACGCCGAGGAGGACGCCGCAAUCGCGAAGGCCAAGGAAGAGGCGAGGGCGACGGCCGGGGCUGUAGCACGGGCCAAUCAGACAAACGGUACUUAUGACAGCCCAAAGCCGAAGCUGCAGUCCGUCAUUUGCGUGCCGACUCUGCCGGAUUCCGCUGUGGUGACGCCAUCCACGAAGGGUCCGAGAAUGGAAGGGCAACGGAACCUGCAAGAUUCUACCUUCUCCAUCAGCGAGGAUGUCGAGGAAGCACGAAGGGCUUGCAUUCGCGUGAAUAAUCCACCGGGCGGUCGCAGUGCGGGAGGCUUUUGGUAAUUUACUACAAAAUAAGAAAUGACAGAGAGCGAGUCAGGAUUUGCUUUGCGUAUAAAGAGGCCACUUAAUGCGAGAGAUCAAUGGAACUUCAUGUCUCUUCCACCUCGUAUCGCAUACUCCCCUUAUCCACCAUCAUUACCAUCAUCCAUACACACACACACACACAUACACACAUACCGCACGCUUCAUUCAUUCUCGACAAUCACGGCCCCCGCUUUCAGGUUCGCUACUCACCAAAUAUUACAUAAUGCUAAGUUCAGUCGUUUUCACAACUGUAUUCCCAUCGAUCAAGGUCUGUUCCAUCAAAGGAGGAUGCGGAAGCCCCCGGCCAGUAGGUUGUACGUUCAUGCAUUCAUAUAAUCGUACCAUUUUCUCGCUUUAUUGUCGCUUCAUCGCUGCACUUUAUAUAUAUAUAUAUAUAUAUGUAUAUAUAAUAUAUAUAUAUAUAUCACUGGCGUAUGCUUGAACCAUUGACCUUGGUCCGUUUCCUCGAUCACGACACUCUACGGGAAAUCGGUGUUCCCAGAGUCGUUAGCGAGGCGUUUACAUCGAUAGAUCCACACUCUCAAAGAUCGUUCCCGUUGUCUGCACUUCCUUGAGAGAUUUUAUUUAUUUAUUGUUGCACUUAUACGGCAGGAUAUUAUAUAUGGAAAGAUGUAUAUGUAUAUAAUUUAUGCGUUAUGUCAUCAAUUCAAUGAUAUGUGUACGUUUGUGGAAUCCGGGAACGUGAGAACGGAAGUGUAUACAGUUCGACGCGUUUUCUGUUAACGAGUUGAUUGUUCUCUAUGCUUCUGAUAUCUUUAUAUCAUCUGUUUAAUGAAAUUUGCACGGUCGGUAAUCAUUAUUAUGACGAAAGUUCCAAGGUCAAGAGCUUGAAAGCAUUUGUUAUUUAUUAUACGAAUUUUAACAGACGAGUGUGAAAAAUGCGACUUUUUCUUUCUUUUCCCACAUUAUCGUACCGCGAUUCAUUUAUAAUUUGAAAAAGAAGCAGUUAUAUAUAUAUAUAUAUAUACGACGAUUAUCAGGCGGAGGUGUUUUAUUCUGCGGGUAAAAGCAGUAUUGUGAUAUGUUAGUCACAAUUUUAUCAUUAUUAUCAUUAUUAUUAUUAAGACCGUUGCUUGUUUAUUGUCGACGCUAACGAGAACUCGCAUUAUAAAAGAGUUGCGGCUCAAGGGAAGCGAACAACAACUUGGUGCUCUCUCAAGUUGCAACACUUGCAUUGAGCCAUCGAUGUGAAAGUUGUGUUUAUUUAUGACGUAAUGCGUUACACAGAUAUAUUUAUAUAUGGGAUAGUUGCACUGUAUCGCAUAUGACUUAUAUAUGACUAUAUAUAUAUAUAUACGCUUGUAUAAUCAAAAAGAAAAGGAAAGAAGCCAUCGGGUCCCAGUUCAUUCCAUUUUGAACUUUUGGUUUCCGCGACAAUACAAUAUUUUCCCUGUCGAGCCAAGGCUGAGGUACCUUCCAGCGCAAUGCGGAAAUGACGACACGAUCGAUCAAGGACUUCACUAGGUUCACUAGGUUGAUUAUACAUUUCACGCUCCGUGUGGCCACGAGGAUACAUGUGUACACAUCCUCUCUCCGUGGUACUUACUCAUCUCCCGUCAUCUCGAUCCACCGCUCUCUCACUCGCCUCACACCUGAUUGAUUUUGACAAGGAAGCGCAAACGCUGGUGUUACUUCUUUAUGUCACGGUCGGGGGAAGAGAAGAUCUCGGUGGACGAAAGUGAUCAGGGACGUUAAGUGUACAUAUAACGAUAUACACGCGAUCUUAGUUUACGUUAAUUUACAUGUUGACCACCGUCGCCUGACUAGUUUGUCUCAGAGCUUUCACAUUUCGCGCGCGCGCGCUUUGCUUUCAUCGGGAGAGUGUAAUCGAGGCUUCACGCUCUGCUGACGAAUCAUCGGCGUCCCGAGCAGAGAGAUAGGUCGCGUCUUUUAUCCGUGAAGCAGGAGAGACUCCAGUCUCGCGCUCGUCGAAUCCUCGAAGCAAUUCGCAGGCCGACGCGACGCCGCGUCGCACGAUGAUUCGUGCGUCGAUAGUCGACGGAAACAAACGGUCGCGAGCCGAGUCAAGGAUUUCCCGUUACUUAGAGCAGCGUUACCUAGAGCGUAAGUCCGGCCGGCGGAAGCUUGCAGCGACGCUGAAGAUCGAUCGAUCGUCCGCUUACAGCGUCCGAGAGCGCACGACAAUGUAACACGACGCACAAAUUUUUUUAUACGAAACGUCGACAUUUGUACUAGACGAGCGACGAGCCGACGUUCGCUCCUUCGUACGUAUCGUCGCAACACCACGUGCACGUAGGAAGUCGCGCUUUUUCUUUAAGGAACCGUUCACGUUCACCGACUAUGCAAAGAGCUCUCUCUUCUAGGGGCAGGUUGUUCCAACUCCUUGGUAAAUUAACCGAUGGUUAAAUCGUAUGUCUGUCUUGGUUAGAAAUUGGAGGAAAAACGAAGAUAAACAUACGAUUGAACUAUCAGUUAACUUAGCAAGAAGUUGGAACAACCAGCCCUAGGACACGCGGAAUCACGCGUUUCCAGCGGUCAUUUCCAGCGGUCGACAUUGCCCGACAUUCCGAUCUCGCGAGGCUCCGCGAAGAUCAACCGUGACGUCAGUUUUCUUCGCUUCUCUGACACAGCCGUGAAAUAUCGAGCUUGCUCUUCAUGUUUCUUCUCGUCAGAGUCGAAUCUCUCUCUUCGAUGACAUCUCUCAUCCAUCCAUGACGACAUAGAGACGCGCACUCGGUGUGCCUCCGAAACUAUCGCACCACCGCACCAUCACCGACGUUAAAUUUCACAUCUGCAAUAUACGACGAUAAGAUCGAUCAAUAAAUUGUAAUCGUAUAAUCUCUCGUCUCAUCGCAUAACACGUAUUAAUAAUUGUGUAAUCAUUACUCUGUGUGUAUGUGUGCAUACAUGCGUGCGUGCGUGUAUGUGUGUGUGUGUGUGUGUACAUGCGCGCAAAAAGCUGCGAGUAUGGCUGAGAGCUUGCG